AUGAUAGGUAUCAAGAAAAAAGACGGGACGAAACAACCAACAUCUGAUGUUGAAAGGUUGUAUUCAUUUUUUGAUGUUUCUCUGAUAUCUUUGUUCUUAUACACUAUGUUUCAUCCUCAGCUACUUCUUAUGAAAAGAGGAGGACGUGUGAUUUAUGGUGGAAAAGUAGGUGAGAGGUCAAACAUUUUGAUCAAGUACUUUGAGAGUGUAAAUGGAAUUACACCGAUGCCAAGUGAUUACAAUACUGCAAAUUGGAUGGUUGAAAUGACUACACCUGCUGCUGAAGAAAGACUCGGGCAAGACUUUUUAGUGAUUUAUAAAAACUCUAAGCAAUAUAGAGAUAUUGAAGCUUUGAUUCAACAAACGAGUACUCCACAAACUGGCUCUGAACCUUUACACUUCUCUUCCACAUACUCCCAAACAGAUUUCUCUCAAUUCAGAACUUGCUUAUGGAAGCAGAAUCUUGUAAACAGAAGCCAAAACUUAAUGGUGGUAAUGGGUGCUCUUUAUACUGCUGUCAUGUUUCUUGGUGUAAAUAACUCUUCAUUUGUGCAACCAGUGAUCGCAAUUGAAAGAACAAAUUUUUUUUAUCGUGAGAGAGCAGCUGGAAUGUAUUCUGCAGUCCCUUAUGCUAUAGCACAGGGUCUUGUGGAGAUCCCCUACAUUGCGGCCCAGACAAUAUUAUAUGGCAUCACUACAUACUUCAUGAUCAAGUUUCAGAGGACAAUUGUGUUAGCUUCAAUUAUUGUUGUGGUUGGUGCAUGGAAGUUUUUUCUCUACCUUGCGUUCAUGUUUUUAACUUUCACUUACUUUACCUUCUAUGGAAUGUUGGCUAUUGGUCUUGCACCAUCUCAACAAAUGGCUGAUGUUUUAAUACCCGGAUGGUGGAUCUGGUUCCACUACCUAUGUCCCAUUACAUGGACUUUGCAAGGUCUCAUCGGGUCUCAACUUGCUGACGUGGAAGAACCCAUCAUAGGUCCUGGAGGUUUCCAGGGUACAGUGAAAGGCUAUUUGAAAGAAGCACUUGGCAUAGAAUCCUGA